AUGAAGUUCAUCAAAUCCUCCAUCCUCUUCUCUCUCUUGAUGCUGCUCACGCAGUCAAUUGCUAUCCCCAUGCCUGAUCCGGUUCCCGCUCCCGAAGAUGGCGACGUUGCUUUAGCUGAGAGAGGAUUCCUCAGCAACCUGCCGGGGUUGAAGGACCUUUGUCCACCAGCUUCUUCCCAACCCGCCCCCGUCCAGCAAACGAACCAGUGCUCCAGCGGUGUUCCAUACUGCUGCAGCACUGAAGGAGGAUCCCACAACUGCGUGAAUUCCAAAGUUGAAUGCAAACAAACCGUUAUUUGCUGCAACAACAACUUCGGGUCCCAAGUGUGCAUGGGAGACAUCGACUUCAACAUGCCGAUCAAUAUCGAGAUCAACCUUUAA